CUCUCUGCACCUGGCCCUUAGCUCGCAGCGUCCGGCCAGCUCUGAGAGUGACUUUGGGUUUCCAGGUCGUCGGAUCGGCCCUGACCUGCAGCUGUGACAUGGACCGAGUGACCUGGAGCCUUCUUCUGGCACUGGCGGGCCUGCCAGCCUUGGAAGCCAAUGACACAGUUGAUAAAGACAGUCCCUUCUACUAUGACUGGGAAAGUCUGCAGCUGGGCGGAUUGAUCUGUGCAGGACUGAUGUGCAUUGCUGGAAUCCUUUUUGCCCUGAGUGGCAAAUGCAAAUGCAUGAACAACCAGAAAAGCCCUAUAUCUGAGAAGGCUGUUCCACUCAUUUCUCCAGGCUCUGCCAGUACCUGCUGAGCACAGGGACAAGCUUCUUGCCACUCCCAAUGCCAACUCUCAUACUGUUCCCACUCUGCUUGGGGGCCUAGCCCUCCAUGAUGGCCUUUCUCUCCAACCUCCAACUGUGGACCAU